AUGGAUAACCGCGGCUCCUUUUUCUUUCUUAUGUUGAUAUUCUACCUCCUGCUUAGUUCACAGUCGCGUCCACCUUUGAUCGAUGAGAACCGCCAGCGUCAGCGUGAGCUCGCUCGCUCGGAACAUGCACUCAAGCUCCUGAACGAAUCGAAGUAUGGGGACUUUAAUCCGCCAGAAGAUCGAUGGCUCCCCUUUCCAGGAGUGCGGAAGAACGACAGCUAUGCAUGGGAUUUGUUUUCGCACGUUCAAGGCCGUGCGCGAAAUCAGCUCAAGUCCGUUCUCACCAAUGCCGGCCUCGAACCACCAAAAGGUUUAGACGAUCCGACUGGGGCUUCUCCGUUUAAUCUGACCGACUUAUCCCUACCGGUGUAUCGCAAUGCGACGGGGAAAUUACGAGGUGACUGGGUCCGUCGGACUGGAGAUCCCCAGCGCCAGGUGCCUCUCAAUACAACGGCCAUUGCCCGCGAACACGAAUACUUUACCCACGAAUUCAGCUCAAAUAUCACGGGUACCGGAGGCACACUAUACUUUAACUUGGAAGAGGGGGGCGGAGAGGAGCUCCGACUUGGUGAGGGGCUUGUACGCGAGAUUCGAUCGAGCGUGACUGUUGAGAGCGAUGACUUCUGGGGCAGCACCUGGUACCUCUCAUUGUUCGGAAUGCACUUUCCAGAAACUGGAGAGAUCAUAUUGACUACUUCGAGUGAGAAGUUCGGUGGCAUUUUUUCCUUGCCGCACUUUGCAUUAUCUGCCGAUACUUACGAAUUAUCCCAACGGCUUCUACUCAAGUCACUCAUAGACAGCAUGUCCAAUAAGCCGAAUCGACCCCCUACGCUGUUUCCAUGGGCUUCUUUGGCAGGCAAUGAGCAAAUGGAAUUCCCAGCACCCAAAUGUGAACAUAUCAUCUUCCUGCAACAACAUCCAGUCGUGAUCGAUGGUGUUCUUGCCGACCGCUUGACCCUAGAAAAGAUCGAGGCGGAGCUCAGGUACCCCAUAGGUGCACCUAUCCCAGAUCCUCCUUUGAUGACCAUGUCCGCCGUCAUCUUCUCUCCGGACUGCGGUUACGUGCUUGAAACGAAAGGUACUCCGGAGUUCCCACCAACAGACACGCUCUACCUCUCUGGUCCCAAGCAUGAAGAGUACAGUAAAUACGCAGCUCGCCUUAUAUUCGUGGUUUCUGGAGCCUUUGUUGCACAGAUCACUUUGCUUCUGCGCCAAAUCAAAGAGGCUUCAACCCCUUCGACUCGAAGUCGGGUCAGUUUCUAUACAAUCGCAUUGAUGGCGCUUGGUGACGCUUUCGUCCUCACUUUCAUUGUCUUGGAACUCUACGAGGCUGUGUCAUUUUUGGUCUUAGCAACUGCUUCCUUUUUGGCAUUCCUGUCUGUCAGUUACAUUGGAAUGAAAUUUAUGAUGGAGAUCUGGGCUGUACAGGAGCCAGAACGACGCGAAGAACAGCCGGCUAAUCCACCGGCCCCCGCUACACGCCCGGGGACUUUACCUUUACCUGCAACUGCACCUCGGGACUCCGGUGCAACUCCCAUCAUCCUCACGCCUGACCAAGAUCCUCCCGAGAAUGAAACGGAUACCCCGCCUGCCAACCGUACCGCUGCGCCAACCGCUGGACAAAUGCGCAGUGACGUAGGCGCCAUGUAUGCGCGUUUCUAUCUCGCUCUUUUUGGUAUGCUCAUACUUUCAAUUUGGGCGUUCCUUUUGCCUCGGCGCUUAGGGUCCAUUUAUGCGCGUCUGUUGUCAGGUGUUUAUCUUUCUUUCUGGAUCCCACAGAUACACCGCAAUGUCAUGCGCAACUGUCGCAAAGCACUGCGGUGGGAUUUUGUGAUUGGUCAGAGCAUUCUUCGAUUGUUCCCCUUCCUGUACUUCCUUACAGCGCGGGGCAACGUACUAUUCAUUCGACCCGACUGGACGACCGCAUUCAUUAUGGCGGGGUGGAUGUGGGUUCAAGCUUGGAUGCUGGCGAGUCAAGACAUCUUGGGUCCCCGUUUCUUCGUACCACGUGGGUGGGCUCCCCCGGCCUACGAUUACCACCCAACCUUGCGGGAUACUGCCGGGCCUGAUGAUGAUCUGGAAGCCGGUGGCACGUUAUCUAUUGCAUCUCUUCGGGCCGAUAAACAGGAUUUGGUCAGCGACUCCAAAGAUGACGACAAACAGCGACCGAAGGAUCGCAAGAAAGUGGUGUUUGACUGUGCAAUUUGCAUGCAGGAUAUUGAGGUUCCUGUUCUUCCUGCACUUGCUUCUGCUGGCGGAAGUAGUGUUUCUGAGGGGGCUUCAAGCAUCUUGAGUCGCCGCAAUUACAUGGUGACACCGUGUCGACAUAUUUUCCAUACGGCCUGCUUGGAAAGUUGGAUGAGACUUCGUCUUCAAUGCCCUAUUUGUCGUGAUACUAUCCCUCCUGUAUAG